UUUGACUUUUCCCUGUAACCAACCCUCAGCUUCUCAUCAUCAAGCUAGGAGAGAAUCAACAAAACCUGUUACAUUUUUCAGGAAUUUAUCAUAAUCUGUCUCCUGAGAAUAUACAGAGAUUGCAACAUGAUUCCCCAAGGCAAAACCAGGAUGCUACAUUGCUUCAGGAGAAAGAGGAGAAACACAAGCAGCACAGACAAGAAAACCCCGACAAACAACAACAACCACAAAAAAAUUGCCGAGAGAUGGAAAAUCCUAAGCGGGUCGACCAACUGGGUCGGCCUGCUCGACCCACUCGACCCGGACCUACGCCGCUACCUUAUCCACUACGGCCAGCUGGCGCAGGCCGCUUACGACGCCUUCAUCUCCGAGCGCGCCUCCAAGUACGCCGGCGCCUGCCGCUACACCAAGGACAACCUCUUCGCCAAUGUCGGGCUCAACAGGGGCAAUCCCGUCAAAUACCGCGUGACAAAGUACAUCUACGCCACGUCAUCGACCAAAGUGCCCGACGCCUUCAUAAUGAAGUCUUGGUCGAGGGAGGCGUGGAGCAAGGAGUCGAAUUGGAUAGGGUACGUGGCCGUGGCGAGUGACGAGGCGUGCUCGGUUUUGGGGAGACGGGACAUUUUGGUGGCGUGGAGGGGCACGGUUAGGACGCUCGAGUGGAUGAACGACUUCGAGUUCGCUUCGGUCUCGGCUCCCGAGAUCUUCGGAGGUGACGUGGGACCCAAGGUGCAUCUCGGGUGGUACUCGGUUUACACUUCCGACGAUCCGCGGUCCCCGUUUAAUAAGACGAGCGCGCGAGACCAGGUUCUUACCGAGGUAAAGCGAUUAGUCGAGCUGUACAAAAACGAGGAGGUUAGCAUAACGAUAACCGGCCACAGCCUUGGUGCGGCCGUUUCCACCCUUUGCGCGGUCGACAUUGUCGCCAACGGCUACAAUCGACCGCGUAACCCACCCGACAGCUGGCAAUGCCACGUCACCGCAAUUGUCUUCGCCAGCCCGCGAGUUGGGGACGACAAGUUCCGUAAGUUCUUCUCGGCGUUGGAAGAUAUUCGUGUGCUGCGAGUACGGAAUGCGCGGGAUGUGGUCCCCACGUACCCGUUCGUCGGAUACUCGGAUGUGGGGGAGGAGCUGGGGAUCGACACGGAGAAGUCGGGCUACCUGAAGGGUUUUUCGGGGAAUCUGGACACGUGGCAUAACUUGGAGAUUUAUUUGCACGGGGUGGCGGGGACGCAGGGGAGGGGAGGGGGGUUUAGGCUGGAGGUGGAGAGGGAUAUAGCGCUGGUGAACAAGCAUUUGGAUGGUUUGAAGGAUGAGAAUUGCGUGCCGGUUGGGUGGUGGUGCGAGAGGAAUAAGGGGAUGGUGCAGAAGGAGGAUNAAGGGUGGGUGCUUAGUGUGAGAAAGGCCAACAAACGUGUAAGGAUAUUGGUGGGUGUACAUUGCAAUCAAAGUUGUUCCGUUAUGCAAAUUAAAAUUGGUCUGAAAGCAAAGAAUGGGAAAUAA